AUGGAGCUGUCCGUGGUCCUGGAGCUGUCCGUGGCCCCGGAGCUGUCCGUGGUCCUGGAGCUGUCCGUGGCCCCGGAGCUGUCCUUGUCCGUGGCCCUGGAGCUGUCCGUGGCCCUGGAGCUGUCCGUGGCCCUGGAGCUGUCCGUGGCCCUGGAGCUGUCCGUGGCCCUGGAGCUGUCCGUGGCCGUGGAGCUGUCCGUGGCCCUGGAGCUGUCCGUGGCCGUGGAGCUGUCCGUGGCCGUGGAGCUGUCCGUGGCCGUGGAGCUGUCCGUGGCCCUGGAGCUGUCCGUGGCCCUGGAGCUGUCCGUGGCCCUGGAGCUGUCCGUGGCCCUGGAGCUGUCCGUGGCCCUGGAGCUGUCCGUGGCCCUGGAGCUGUCCGUGGCGCUGGAGCUGUCCGUGGUCCUGGAGCUGUCCGUGGUCCUGGAGCUGUCCGUGGUCCUGGAGCUGUCCGUGGUCCUGAAGCUGUCUGUGGUCCUGAACAUUAGAUGUGUUUGUACCGAGUUAAUGUUGUAA